AUGGCCUCCGUUGCCGUGCCGAUGUUCAUCUCCUUGGCAUGCCUGAUUGGGCAUGCCUGGGCUGGGGGACUGCGUGGUGAUCUUCAAAACGCUUCGGAGACAACGCCUCGAGCCGCAGCCGGAAGUUGCACUGCAGAAGACGAGAGCAAGAUGCAUGAGUUCGGGCCUGGUUAUGCAGAAGGCACCUUUCCCUUCGUCGUGGCGUAUUGCGAAAGGAAGAGCUGGAACUUGGAUGGUGGUUUCUACACCAAGGAGUUCGAAGCCUGUGUUAUCUCACACACUGAUUUGAAGCCAUCAUGCGCUGCCUGCUUCUCUAAGUCCGCCGUCUACACCUACAAGAACUGUAAGUUUGCCUGCUGGUUCCAUUCCUGGUGCGGCCGCGAAUGCUUGCGCUGCGUCGAGGAGUCGGCUCCAGAGGUUCGGCAGUGCGCGGGAGUGGCAGUGCCAAGCGUGCUCUCGCUGAAGAGUCGGGUCUGCGAGGAGCUCCGCGUGUUUGCCUUGCUACCCGACGCUGACUGCAGCCAUCACUGCAGAGGGAAGGACCGGCUGACGAACAUCCCGGUCUUUAAGUCCGGUACGGCGCCGGACGUCCAAGUCCGCGUCCAGCUGGACACGAGCAGUCUCUGGCCCAAGGUCAGCAGCAUCCAGUGCAGUUGCGUGGAUGCUCGGAACGAGGGGUCCAUGGCCUCUUGCCCCAAGGAUGCUUCGCUGCCCGAGGCGCACCUCUACUGGCGGCAGCGAGUUCUGACCACCUCCGGCGAUCCUCUGGGCCGGGCCAAGACGCUUCCACCACCCUUCGCCGAGUCACAGUGGCCGGAGGGCAUCGUGGAGUUUUUGACGUCCCUCAUCUCGGAUGCUGCGUUGAGCGCCGUGAACCACGGCUUGGGUGACCGGGACUUCCCGCAACUGGGCACCCUGGAUGCGUAUGCAAAGGCUCAGCGCAGCCCUCUGUUUUUCCUGCAGUUAGCUGCUCCCCUAUGGAUGGCAGCCACGAUCGGAGAGGAGUCUUUGCGCCAGACACUCGAGGAUUACCGCAACCAGGAGGCCACAAUGCAAGCUGAGGGAGUUCCCUCGCUUCCCUUGCUUCGGGUCGCUCUCCACACGCCGGUCAUCUACAAGUCUCCACAGAAAGGUGGCAAACUAUUUUGUGGAGCCAUCCUCAUGUUCCUCCUAGAACAUGUGCAGUAUCUGGACAGCACGAAAGUUGCAGUGGCUCUGGAGCAUCUGCUGGAGUUCCAGGCGGAACCCAACUCAACCUACGAGAUGUUCCCGAUUGGGAUUAAUAGUGCAAUUGGACAUUUCUCUGCACUUUGCCUGACUGGGAAGAAUCCGCCAAUGGUGGAAGCGCUGCUGGAGAAGCGCGCGGACCCUCACCGUCGGAACCUUCUCAAUUAUUUUCCAUCCGGCUCGCCUCUUUGGACAGCUGUUUGGCGAAGGCAGAAUUUCGCCAUCAGAAAGCUGCUUGAUGCAGCUGACACCAGCGUGGGAGGCGCAGAUGCUGAAGGAGUCAACCGGCAUGGGUGGCAUCCUGACCGUGCUCCCCUGGUGGUUGGCCAGAGAGCGCAGGGCUACAACGUCCUCGAACUGGCGAGCUUGACGAUGGGCCUGGAGCAGGUGAAGCUUUUGGUCCAGAGAAAGGCGAUGCUUGGAGACGAGCUUCCCCACGUCCUGGCAAACUGCCCUGCUGCAACGGCCAGAGUCUUGUCGCAGCAUGUCUUCUGCACUGCAGCACAUGCCGCUAGCAUUGUCAACGGCAGCGCGCUGGACCAGAUGAACGGCAUGAGGCUAGAGCUCGUUCUUCGCGAGGUGCUGAAGCACGAGGAGCCAAGGGCCUGCCUGGAGAAGGCCAUCUUCAAGGCCUCCGAGGUCGAAAAAGUGGAGGGGAUGAAGCAGAAAAGGUGGCAGCUGAAGAACCCACAGAGCUACAAAGAAAUGAUGGAAGCUUUGAUAAAGGUCAUUCACAAGGCGCCGACCACAGCUGGACGUCUUCUCGAUUCACAGGCCGGUGCCCCCGAUAUGGCAGACUCGAACCGCUUCCCACUAACCAGCACCUGCCUCUUCGACAAGCAGGAGCCGCAGCACGUCGCCUAUUCGGAGUACAAGAGGUGGGAGAAGGGAAGCUUUGCCGACAGUUUGGCUCCGCCAGCGACGUCGAAGCGCUCGCUUCGGCGGCUGCUAUCUGGCUUCGAUGGGAGCAAGUCGCUGUGCCUGCAGCUCUGCGAGAUCCUCCGGGCCGCGGUACCCGAUCAAAGGCGAGCCGAUGACUGCGCCAUCAGCGUGCUUCGGUAUCCGAACGUCAUCCGAAUGGAUGUCGUCAAAGCCAUGAGGGCCUUGCCGCAGGAGCACCUCGUCGGGAUCUUCCAGGAGAGUUUCGCCUUUCGAGGUAUCGCCUACCACCUCUGGAAGCUACACAUUCCUCUCUGCUGCUUGGACGUGUCUACCACAGUGCUGCAGUUUGUGAGCCUCCUGGUUUGGUGGCGGAACUUUGCAGACGGCUCCGUCGUCCGCCCCUGCUGGUGCAUCUUCACUGCCUGUGUGCUGCUGGACACCUCCACCGUGCUGCUGGACCUUUGCGGCUUCUGCUUGCCACUAUUCAAACUCCUCUUGCAGGCCGGCUUCGGGCUCUGGAUGGCCUGGGUAACCUGGGGCGGAGACUUGACGGCGGAGUUCCGGCCGCCCAUGGCCACCAACCUGGCGCUGAGCAUCCUGGGUACCAUCUACGAGCUGCGGCUGUUCUAUCCUCUUGGUCUUCCCCUGGGUGGCAACCUGCUGCCAAUCAUGCGGGCUGCGCAGACAGGCGAGUUCAUCGCAAUGCUUAUCCUCCUGGCGUCAAUCCUGGUUGCCACCUACCUGGCAGCUUGCGUGGAGUUCUUCCAAGACCCGGACGCUUUGCUGCCGGUUGCGGUGAGAACCUGGCAGACCCUCAUCAUCGGGGAGUCCGCAUUGUAUGAUGUGGAUGACUACGGACACCAUCUGCUGCGCUACCUCUGUGUGUCAGCCUUGUUUUUCGUUUGCUUCGUCGUGCUGAUGAACAUCUUCAUCAACGUCACCGGCGCAGGUUACGAUGAAGAGAGGGCCAAAGUCUUGGGCACACUGAGUGCGGAACGCUUCGUGACCUGCCUGGAGUUUUCAGAGAUCACCGUCCGGGGCCGAAUUGGCGUCCUCAUCGUCGUGACGCUGGCCAUGGCUGGCAUGGCCCUCUGGGACUUCGUCGAGGGACGCAUCGACGCCCUCCUCCUGGAAGGGAUCGCACUGUUGGGGUGGAUCUGUCUUUACUCGCUCCAGUGGUUUUGCGCGAGGCAGGCGACGAAGCCUCUCCACGAGCUUGGAAGCCCAAGGUAUCUUUGGAUCUGCCGGCCCGUGGAGCAGGAGGAGCCUUCGGAAGCCGAGCGCUUUGAGGCUCUCGAGCAGCUGAUCCGGCAGAUGAGCCGACCCUCCUCUUCGGGCGCCUCUUCAGGCAACCCGUCACCCCGUCCAAGUGAUUUUGAGGUGCAGGUUGGAUACAUCCCAGUAGCAUCGUUGCGAAAACGAUGCCCAUAUUCAGGAAAGCAAACGGUGGUGCCCAUGCUGCUGCUGCCGCUGCUGCUUCUGCUGGCAAUCCGCAUCCUCUUUUUAGAAGUGCAGAGUUUGCUACCCAGUUCUUUUUCUUUCAGGGUCUGA